AAAAAAAAAAAAAAAAAAACGAAAAUUAAUUUACUUUGGUCAUAUAAUAAGAAAAGAUAAUUUGCAGCAUAGGAAAAUGAAGGAAACUUAAUUGGGAAACCUGAGAAAGGAAGACCAAAAAUAACAUAAAUGAACAACAUAAAAGAAUGAUCUAAAAGUAUAGGGAAAGACAAGAUUAAGAGGCAUGGCAAUGCAUAACAGCCAACCUGCUGAGAAUGGAUGGCACUCAAUGAUGAUGAUAAGUUGAUGCAAUCUAAUUUUUCUGUUUCAAGAGGAUAUAUAUGACAUUAAUAAGUUGAAACAUUUGGAGCCCUUGAUUUCUGUGCUACAAUCUUUAUUAGACUUAAUCUAUAAUUUAUCAAGAAUGCAAGAAGAAGAGUUAAGAAGCUUCCUUUUUCGACCAAUAAACCAAUGAAAUGAAUAUUUCAUAUAUUUUAUAGUUAUCAAUGCUACAUAAAAUAUACUACCCAGUAACACAUGUUAACAAAGACAAAAAUGUAAUGGGUAGAAAGAUAAAUGGAGGUUUGACAGGAUCUUAUACUUUCAUAUUCUGUUGUUUUAGGUUACUAAAAGCAUCCAGGUGCUCCGGAAAAUCUCCAGGCAUGGCAGAAAAAUCGAAAAAUAGUUGGCGCAGUUAUGGUAGCCAGCAACCAUGACCAACUGGGUGGUGUCACAGCAGAGACAAAGGGGACAACUCGACAAGGUGACAUCAACUCCAUGAUGACUGAGAUGAAACCACCACCAACAGAUCUCACCCUCAUCAUCACCAUCAUCCUUGUAGUUUGUGGAGUUCUCAUUGCAAUUAUCAUCAUGGUGGUCUGCUGCAGACGCAAGGGAAAAACAAUGUUGAAUUUCAACAAAAAUCAGUGGACAUUUUCCAAGACACCUCUUGACACAACAUAUAUUAAAAUCAGCCACAGUUUACCCGAUUUGGAUAAGUCAGAUGCUGGAAGUGACAGUGACACUAAGUCCAUCCGCAGCAGUAAAGUUUUACGUCAGACUACUCUGCCGACAGUGCCCCAGCGACACUGGAGUUUUCAGCGUCAGAUGGCGUGUCAAGUGGACCUGUCCAAAAUUGAGUUCAGUGUACAAAGUGUGAAGCACAAAGAACAACCAACUCUAGGCAAACUUAAACCUGAACUGUACAGAUAUGCCAUCUCUGAGAGUUCCUCCGGAGAAACAAGAGUGUGUGGACAGCUGACAUUUUCCAUGAAAUAUGAGCAGGAAAGGGAGGCACUUAUUAUCAAUGUAUUACGGGCACAAGGCCUACCAGCAAAGGAUUUCUCUGGUACUUCAGACCCAUAUGUAAAAGUUUACUUGUUACCAGACAGAAAAAAGAAGUUUCAGACAAAAGUGCAUCGCAAAACAUUGGAUCCAGAGUUUAAUGAACUGUUUGUAUUUCCCCUGCCAUAUUCUGAUCUGGGCCAGAGGAUGCUGCAAUUUAGCAUUUAUGACUUUGAUCGUUUUUCACGGCAUGAUUUGAUAGGGCACGUGGUCGUGAAAGAUCUCCUAGCAGAGUCGGAUCUGUCUAAAGAAACAGAAAUUACAAAAGAUGUGCUGUAUAACACACAGGAGAAAGUGGACCUAGGUGAGUUGAUGCUGUCCCUGUGUUACCUGCCAACAGCUGGCAGACUCACCGUCACCAUGGUUAAGGCAAGAAAUCUUAAGGCAAUGGAUGUCAUGGGAGCCUCAGAUCCCUAUGUGAAAGUAGCUCUUAUGUGCCAAGGUAAAAGGAUCAAAAAGAAAAAGACAUCAGUGAAGAAAAAUACCCUUAACCCAGUAUAUAAUGAAGCUUUGGUGUUUGAUGUCCCACAAGAGAAUGUUGAGGAUGUCUCCCUUAUCAUCAAAGUCAUUGAUUAUGACAGAGUUGGUAACAAUGAACUGAUAGGCUGUUGUGCUGUGGGUCCAUGCUAUGUAGGUCUGGGGUACGACCACUGGUACGAAAUGCUGGAGAGUCCACGUAAACCAAUUGCACGCUGGUAUGUAUUACAGGAGCAUGUUCCAGGAGCAUCAAACGACAAGACACCAAAUGGAAAACAUAUUCUAGGCUGUUCACCAGGACAGAAAAAUCUAAUUCUAGGAUGUUCUGGCAAAUGAUGUCACCCGUGAAAUGUUUUUUGAACAGACUAUGAAUUUCUCUGAGAUUUGGCACGGUGAGAGGAAAGGUUUGAUGUCCAAAUGGUUGAGAAUGCCUGGUGUUGUGAAGUUACUGAGUAACAGAGCUUUUGGUAAUCCUCUUCUUAGGCAACUUUUACCUUGCUGAAAUGAAUCUUUUUUGGAAUGGAACUUUUUUUCUAAACAAAGGAAAGGCAAGGCAUUUACUGGUAUGAUGUAUGUAGGUUUACUGUAAAAUACCAGGUGCACAGCCUUGUUGUCACAAAAAAAGGCAUCAUCACAGCUAACCAAUUGUCAUUGUCACAACCAACACAUUGUCACAACCACUAAAUUGUCACAACUAACAUGUCACAACUAACACAUUGUUACAAAGAAUUAUCUUGUCAAAAACACUCAACAAAGAUAUUAGUAACACAAAUUUCUGCAAACUUUGUUUCACAUGCACGUUCAGUAAUUUUGGCUUUUAGAAUGUCAAGGUCAUGGCCAUAGAUUUAAAACAGCUAGGCAUAUUUUUCAUCAAGUCUGCAAUAACUGUUCUUUUGUUGAAAAAGAAGUAAGAGUUGGAUAUACUACUCAUUCAGAAAUGUUUCCAUUCAACCAUUCGCUGCUGCAGAUCUUGUCAUCCAGCAAAAUAUCUAAAAUAACACCCACCAGAGGCAAAACCACAUGGUGUGCAUGUAGAUAUAUAUCUGAUGAUAUACCACAAGUUGACUGAAAAAGAAUUCCUUGAAUUCAAACCAGCUCUCUGCCAAGAAAUAGAGUACAGAUAAGAGAAUGACCCAGGUAGUUAGCUGUUCAUUACUGUAGCAAGCUGUAAGAGUUGUGCCAGACAGUCCUUAGCACAGGAAUAGUGAGCUAAAGCAACAUUGUGCAGGGUCUGAAGUUUCCCGUGGGCUUUGAAUAAAAUGUCCUAGAAUUCUUCCAAAGUGAUGUCAUGAUUGGCUGCUUGAUGUGUAUCACCUCUGACAGAAAAAGCUCUAAUUUUAGAACAUUUAACGAAGACAAAUCCACUUGUUGAAAAGAUAAAAAAUUCUAAUUACAUUUCUUUACCAUUGGCGGCUUAUCAAAAUGCGAUACCUAAAAAUAUAGCUCCAGCUGGAUUAGCUAAAGACCUUAUCAGUUUCAAGAAAAAAUAUUCUCAGAGGAACAACACUUUGUGAGUCACUGGCAAUAAGAAAC